AUGCUCGUAGACAUUGGCGUGGCGGCGGACGUUGGCCAUGACAUGGUCGAGGGGUCCGGGACACUCACGAUGAUCACCACCCCACCAUGCGACUGCAACGGCGGCAGCGACGACAACGACGACGCUGGCGACCCAGGACAGCGCAUGCCCGCCGGACGCGCUGAAGCUACUCUGCUCCUGGCCGUCCAUGCGGCGAUCCUGCUCGUACAGCUGAUUGCCCAUGGCCGUUUCACCGCAGAGAUCGCUCCUGCCGACGCCAGCGGGCGCCGCGCAGAGUGGUUGGAGCGGUUCGCGGCGGGGAUAGCCAGUCGCUUUGAUGCGCGGAGUGUGAUUCACGCGUGUGGCGUUUGGCGCAGGUGGACACGAUGGGUUGCCCAGCAAUCUCCGCCACUCACUGGGUCCGCGGACGCGCCGUCUGCAUUCGAUCUGGCAGUAUGGCUGGAGGACGUUGCGGGUCGCGGCCCCUCGGCCGCGGUUGGGGUCUGGGUUGGCCUGAAGUGGCUCUCGCGCAACUUCGGCCUGGCCCAUCUCCCUCUCGAGUCCCCCUUGCUGGAGCGAUUCAGCCGGCCAGCCUUAGGCUCGUCUGUUCGCCCCAUGGCGCAGGAACUCGAGCCGCGGGUUUGGAGACACCUGUUGGGGCUGGCUCAAUCUACCGCCGGCGCGAUUGCCUUGUUUGCAGAGCUCGGCGUGUACGUCUUUGUGUCUAGUCUCAGGUUCCGCCACGGUCAAAGGUCUUCCCCGAUGUCCGAUUUCGUCCGGAUCCGUGACGCUGCGGCCGAGUAUUGCCGUGUCCGGGACCUGCCUUUCUGGCGCCGUAGGCGCAAGCUGCUCCAUCAGCUGGCCACCGCCUUCCGUCCGCUCGACGCUUUUGCGUUGAAGCAGCGGCACGUGUCUGUACCGGAAGCGCCCGGUGUCUUCCUGGUCUGUGCUGCCGCGCUCAUUUGCCUGAUGGGCCAGCCAGACCGUAUUCUGCAGUUGUGUUUCGUCCGCCCGUUUGAGCUCGCGGCGGCGGUGCCGGUUUUUGGCGUUCUCUGGCCCUGCGAGACAAGGUCCUCAGGUCAGAAUGCGCUGGCCCAUAUUGGCGAGACACUCGGAGUGCCAGCCGCGGCAACGCACGCUUGGAACUUGGAGCGCGGCAUGCGGCCUGGGGCGUUGACUCGCGUGAUGUACGAUCUCACCGUCGAGGAGAUCCGCGCUGGCUUGGCCGAGCCUGCCGUAAGCCGCGCCGAACUCGACAAGCGUUUUGGUGUCGGGGUUACCGCCCCAUGCCUCGUCGCGCCAUCUGGCAAGGCGAGAAAUGGCGACAUUGGUCGCCGCUCCGUCAGAACUGCUCGUGCUGACCGCUCGGGCACGAUGGAAGUGACCGAGAUUGGCGGGACUUUGCCCCCGUGGCGCUUGCUGUACAUAGCGGGGGGCCACUAUGUCAAUGACAGCUUCGCCCCGGAGGCUUCCGUGGUCGUGUUCACGGAUGCUUCGGCGGAGGGCGGUCCGCUUCGCGCCUUCGCCGAGGCCCUCAGGAUCUCCGACGGCCGCUGGAGGCAGUUUCGCGCCCCCACCGUGAUUGGUUGGGCGACCGGGGCCCCAGGCUGCCAGCUUGGCUCGACCCUCAUUGGGACGCUGCGCAAGCGUCACGAGGGGCAGGGGCGGUGCUGGGCGGGCACGCGCGGCAAGAGCGUGCCUCGGACGCUGGGCCUGUCGCUGCUCAGCAGCACGAGUCGUGCUGCCUCGGGCGCGGACCUGCCGAUCCUUGGCGCUGACCGCGUGGCGGCCGUCUCCUCGGCUCGCCUGCGCCCGACGCUGGCGUGGUCACAGGUCACAGGUCACGCCCGUGCGCCGGAAGGCGAGCCCAUGAAGGGCGCAGUCUCCGACUCCAGAUCCUACCUCAACGUUUCUGGCAGCGAGGUGUGGUCGCCCAGGGCGCCUGGUCCGCUGCCGUUCAUGGGGCCGCCCGCGCUGGAAGGGGCCGAGGCGGAGGCCGCGGUGCCGGGGCUGCGGUUGUGGCGGGACUACUGCACGCCGCUGGAGGAGGCGGAGCUGGUCGCCGAGCUAGACCGCCUCGGGCCGCCUUGGGCGCGGGAGCAGUUCGGGGUGCCAACGCUCUACUGGUCGAAGCACUUCGGGGUGCUGGGGUCGCUGCGGCCGAGACUGGUGCGCGCCCCCGACCCGGCCCUGGGCGAGGCGGAGCUGCCCGCGACGGGCCCGCUGGCCACCAUGUCGAGGCGGCUGCGCGACACGAGCAGGCCCUGGGGCAGGACUGGACUCUCCGGGGCUUCGUGCCCAACGAGGCGAACGUGA